UGUUCUCUCUCAACUCAAUGGCAUAUCAGCCCUCCACACACACACAAACACACACACACACACAGGUUUGUGGAAGGGGAGAGGCAUUGUAAGAAUAUCUCUCAGGCUGGUUGACUGGCUUAAUUACUUACUGGGAGAACGACGGAGGAGUGGACUCUCUCUCUGCAGAAUUCCUCUAGUCAUUCCUGGCAGGCAAUGGGAAAGGAGGCGAUUUUCCUGUGAUUCAGGAAACACAGUGUUUCAGACACCCUGUUGCCUGGCAUUUUGGGACAUUUCUAUGGGACUAUAUUUCGGAUGCGUGGUCAGAGUUUUGUGAAGUUUAGUGAUAGUAAAUUGACUCAAGUUGGAGUGCAUCUGGGAUGUUGGAGCAGGGUUUUGGGAAGUUUUGAGAAGAGGGACACAGAGUGAGUGGAACUUAAGUCUACUUAUCGGGAUAUCGUGAUAGUUGGACUGGAUUUCUCCUGGGUGUUUGGAAGGACCAUGGCAGCGGCUGGCAUCACCAGGAAGGGUUCUGGAAGACCCUCGUAUUACUACAGGUUUCUGGGCCGCACUCGUCUCCAACGGCAACGCAGCAGGUCCCGGAGCCGCAGCAGACCAUCAGUCAGCAAGGAGUCGCCCCCGGAGAAAACAGGACGCAGGCGGAGCAUGCCUGGUAGCGCCCCAGACAAGACCACACCCACCAUGGAACCUUCAGCCGCGGCCACACCCUUCAGAGUCACCGGAUUUUUGAGUCGGAGGUUAAAGGGCUCUAUAAAGCGUACUAAGAGCCAGCCCAAACUGGACCGGAACUCCAGCUUCAGACAUAUCCUGCCUACCUUCAGGAGCGUGGACAAUGAGAGAUCUCAUCUGAUGCCGAGGCUGAAGGAGUCUCGCAGCCACGAGUCGUUGCUCAGCCCCAGUAGUGGCGUGGAGGCGCUGGACCUCAGCAUGGAGGACGAGGUGCUCAUCAAACCCGUUCACAGCUCCAUCCUCGGACAGGACUACUGCUUUGAGGUCACCACGUCAACAGGAAGUAAAUGUUUCUCCUGUCGAUCGUCAGCAGAGAGAGACAAAUGGAUGGAGAACCUGAGGAGAGCCGUCCAUCCGAACAAGGACAACAGUAGGCGGGUGGAGAACAUGCUGAAGUUGUGGAUCAUCGAAGCCAAGGACAUUCCAGCCAAAAAGAAGUACUUCUGCGAGCUAUGCCUGGACGACACCCUGUAUGCCCGGACCACCUGCAAGCUCAAGACCGACAACGUCUUUUGGGGCGAGCACUUUGAGUUCAACAACCUCCCGGCCAUCAAGAGCAUCACGGCCCACCUCUACAAGGACUCGGACAAGAAGAAGAAGAAAGACAAGAACAACUACAUUGGACUGGUCAACAUCCCGGUGGGGGCCGUGAUGGGGCGUCAGUUUAUGGAGAAGUGGUACCCUGUGAGCACGCCCACGCCCAACAAGGGAAAGACGCCCGGGCCUAUGAUCCGGAUCAAGGCCCGCUACCAGAGCAUCAGCAUCCUGCCCAUGGAGUUGUAUAAGGAGUUUGCAGAGUACACUACCAAUAACUACAUGCUGCUGUGCUCUGUGCUGGAGCCAGGCAUCAGUGUCAAGAACAAGGAGGAGAUGGCUUCUGCACUGGUCCACAUUCUACAGAGCACUGGCAAGGCUAAGGACUUCCUGACAGAUCUGAUGAUGUCAGAGGUAGACCGGUGUGGGGAGAACGAGCACUUGAUCUUCAGAGAGAAUACAUUGGCCACCAAAGCUAUAGAGGAGUACCUCAAACUGGUGGGACAGAAAUACCUACAGGAUGCUUUGGGUGAGUUCAUCAAGGCGUUGUACGAGUCAGAUGAGAACUGUGAGGUGGACCCAUCCAAGUGUUCAUCCAAUGACCUGCAGGAGCACCAGAGCAACCUGAAGAUGUGCUGCGAGUUGGCCUUCUGCAAGAUCAUCAACUCCUACUGUGUGUUUCCACGAGAACUCAAGGAGGUGUUUGCGUCAUGGCGACAGGAGUGCAGUAGCCGGGGGCGACCAGACAUCAGUGAGCGUCUGAUCAGCGCAUCUCUGUUCCUGCGCUUCUUGUGUCCGGCUAUCAUGUCGCCGUCGCUCUUCAGCCUGAUGCAGGAGUACCCCGACGACCGCACGGCACGCACGCUGACACUCAUUGCCAAAGUUACACAAAACCUGGCCAACUUCACCAAGUUUGGCAGUAAGGAGGAGUACAUGUCCUUCAUGAACCAGUUCCUGGAACAUGAGUGGACCAACAUGCAACGCUUCCUGCUGGAGAUCUCCAACCCUGAGACCAUCUCCAACACGGCGGGGUUUGAAGGUUACAUCGACCUGGGCAGAGAGCUGUCCACCCUGCAGAACCUGCUGUCAGAGGUGGUGUCCACCAUGGAACAGAGCUCUGCCACCAAACUGGGGCCCCUACCCAGAAUCCUUCGGGAGGUGAACACAGCACUGACCAACCCGUCCAGUAUGACAAUGAUCGCUCCGUCCUCCACUGAACGCAUGGGGUCACCACCGAACGCCGGGGCCGGUUGCAGCAUCUCCACUGGCCUGCAGAAGAUGGUCAUUGACAACGACCUCUCGGGUUUGGUUGACUUCACCCGGUUACCCUCCCCCACCCCGGAGAACAAAGACCUCUUCUUCGUUACCCGGCACUCCGGGAUCCAGCCCUCGCCGGCCCGCAGCUCCAGCUACUCCGAGUCCAACGAGCCCGACCAGGGUCUGGCCGAUGGCAGUAAGAGCCUGUCCAUGGUGGACCUCCAGGACCCCCGGAGCUUAGAGACCUGCCCAGGCCGUGGUCCUCCGGACGGCCUGGGCGAGGGCAUAACUCCUGGGGGAGUGUGGUCGGCCAAGACCCCCCAGGGGAACGUCACUGGAGGUCCCACACUAAGGAGGCCGAUCCAGACCCCCACCACCCCGGUGUCAGAGAGCACCCCAGGCAGGCCGGCCCAGCUCCUGGCCCCCCUGUCUUUCCAGAACCCCGUCUACCAGAUGGCGGCAGGGCUGCCCGUGUCGCCGCGAGGUUUGGCCGACUCAGGCUCUGAGUGCCACAGUUCCCAAAGUUCCCAUAGCAACAAUGAAGACGGGCCAGGAGGCGGAGCAGGGAAGCACAACGCCUUCCUGAACCACGGUGGAGGGGGCGGAGGAGGGGGCGGAGGGAGCAGCGGGGAGGAGUAUGCCCGUCGUUCAGAGGAGUUUGUAAACACGCGCCGACAGCUGUCACUCACCGAGGCGCAGCGCCAGCCCAACGUGCCCAGACAGAACAGCGCCGGGCCCCAACGCAGGAUAGACCAGCCUCCGCCACAGACCGCCGUCACCAGGGGCCGAACGCCCCCCACCCUGCUCAACAGCGUGCCCUAUCCACGCCCCUCCAGUGGCAGCAUGAUGUCAUCGUCGCCCGAUUGGCCUGGCAACGGGGCGCGGCUACGGCAACAGUCUUCUUCAUCGAAAGCAGAAAGUCCAGAGACCAAGCAGAGGACCCAACACAAACAGGCCCCCUCCCCAGUGAACCCCAAUGCCCUGGACCGCACGGCUGCCUGGCUGUUGAAUAUGAAUGUGCAGUAUGUAGACCAUGAGGGGAUGGACCCCGAGUCCAGAAACAGAGAGGAUCUCACUCAGGCUGAGAAGUACCAGCAGGAGAUCGUCACCCUACAGGAGAAGCUGCGCGCGUCGGUCCAGAAGCUGGAGGAAUAUGAAGCGCGCCUGAAAGGCCAGGACGAUGGGGCUCUGAAGGUUCUGAUGGAGUACCAGGCCCGGCUGGAGGAGUCCGAGGAACGUCUGAGACGACAGCAGGACGACAAGGACCUCCAGAUGAAGGGCAUCAUCAGCAGGUUAAUGUCAGUGGAAGAGGAACUGAAGAAAGAUCAUAAUGAAAUGCAGGCUGUGGUGGACUCCAAACAGAAGAUCAUUGAUGCACAGGAGAAGCGUAUAGCGUCUCUGGAUGCGGCCAACGCCCGCCUGAUGAGUGCCCUGACACAACUGAAGGAGCGCUACAGCAUACAGACCCGGAACGGCAUCUCCCCCACCAACCCAACAAAGCUCCAGAUCACUGAGAAUGGAGAGUUCCGGAACAGCAGCAACUGCUAGAGACAGAUAGAUAGAGAGGGAGAGAGAGAGAGAGAGAGUGCGUGUGUGCGUGCAUGGGUGGUGGCUGGCGUGCAGAAGACAUUUCCUUAUAUGGACACUACAUAUUGAGCAGACUACUGUGAAGGGCCUGGCAGAAGAGGCGGGGCCUUCAGUUUGACAGACAGCUGACCAUAAAAGUGACAGAAAAUCGAUGGACAGAGCUGAAUACCAGUGGGCCUUGGAGAGGCGGGAGGAGACGGGACAAGCUGUAAAUAUAAACUGUCCUGUACCUCAAUCAACCGACUUGGAUGUUUCCAUUGGAUGUAUCAGUUGCUGGGACAAUUUCAGACACUCUUCCCUAAAGCAUGGGUCAAACCACUAUAUUUAAUCAACACAAUGAGCUCAAUUCAAUCAAACCUGCAUUAUGGUAUUACGCAGGGGCUCUUUCUCCAGUGGUCAAAUGAACUCACUAGAUUUGAGUACUGUAUAAAAACCUCCAUCGACCUCGCAGGUGACCUCCGUCACAAAGUGGGCCACCACAACGACGUGGGCACGGUCUACAUUCUGUAAAUAAAGACACUGCGUAAACAUUGCUAAGGCAGGUUUGAAUGAAUCCCAGCUAAACAAUGUCUCUAGGUCAGACAGUCCCUGCAAAACGCUCUCCUCCCUCUUUUCUUCUUGUCUGACUUCCUUUUUCUUGCUAUCCUCGCUUCUCUUUUUUGGUUAUAUGGACCGUAUAAAACAAAAUAAUAACAAGAAAGAGUCAAUUAUAGUAGUGGUAAAUCUCAAAGAGAAGUAUUUUUGUUCCAUGCUUAAUUCACAUCUGACGUAUCUCGUUGUUUUAAAAACCAAAUAGGAGAAACCCAACUCUUUACCCCUACAACCUACUCUCUAGUCCUGUACAUAGUGUGGUACAUGAAAAGCCUUAAGUAAAGAACACACCCCUACAAUGACCCUUCAGCUCUCCCUGCAAAAACAGCACAACGCAUAAUACUGUGGAUUUGUAAAGGAAAAACAUAUUGUAUAAAUAUAUACUUCACGUAUUAAGAACACUAAAUAAGGACCUAUAUGUGAGACUGUGUUAACAAAAUUUAAUAUAGAUGUAUGAAUAUUUCUUUCCCUGUAUAAAGUAUACCUGAGAUAUAGUUUUUGAUAAUGUCAAACACGCACGCAAUGAUUAUAUAGUAUAUCAUAAUUUUGAUAUUUGAUAGUAUUUGUCAAAUUUGAAGGCAACCCGUUCCAAGGAGUGGGUGAUCAAGGGUUAGAAAACUGAAUGUACAGUAUAGUGUGUAUAACAGAGGUUACGAGAAGAGACUACAUUUCUAAGCACACAGUAGCCCCACAUAUAUUAGAAUACAGAAUCCUAUUUUAUUUCUUCUUAACCUUUCUUUCCAGGUUUUAGAGACAGACCUGGUUGGAUUGAGGUUCGCUAUAGUGCUGCAUCUUUAAUGUCGAAUCAGUGUUGAAACAAUGUUCUAUGUUGGUUGUGCAUCUCUCUGCAUUGGGAGCAUGGUCCUGGUUUGUUUGAUAGCCCUGUAGCAUAUCAAGAGAGAGAGUUGCGUUUUUGAACACAUGCUGUUGAACACUGAUGCUCAUAAUUCAACUCGCAGGUUAGAAUCUUACACGUUCUUAAAAUGAAGUAAGAAUCUUCCUCCUUAAAACUCUCCUGUUUGCUAAUUAAUGUCAAUGAAGCAUGCUGCAUCGACACUGUGACCCGCACUUGGCUUUUUGGCUCAUCUGCUCGACUCUUCUGUCCCCAAAUCCCUUGUCCCCUCUCCGUCUCUGAAUGUGACUAUGGGGUUGGUCUUAAGAUGGGGUCUUUAAGUCCCUCCGAAUGAUAUUCUUGCUACUGUUGGACUCACUCCAAUCUCCCCCAGACAUUUCAGCAUAUAUAGUUUGUAUAUUUUUGUAUUCCUUUUUCUUACAGACGAACUAAUAUGAAACAUCUGCAUGCUUCAUUUUGGCGCUUUAACCAGUGGUAGAGCCCAAAUAUGUCACAUUUCUUUUAUGUUGCCAGUAUCGGAUGUUGAUGGACUUCAGUUUUCAUGAGUUGCUGCAGACAAAAAUAUAUUUAAUAUGUGAUUAUAUAUCAUAUAAUAUUAUAUUGAUGAGUGUAUCAGGAGGCUGGCCAGCCUUAGAUAUGAGUGUAAAUAAAUGUUCACAAUAUUUUUACCUAACGUUAAAAAGAGAGCCUUUUUUGUAAAUGUAUCUUGUGUUCAAUAAUACUGCUGUAUCAAUUGAUAUGACAUCAUGUAUAUUGUAAAUAGCUCCAGCGGUCAUCUGUUCGGUUAGAUCUGUAGGUUUUAGCCAUAUUCUCUUCUCUCUACCCCCCGCGUUCAGUUUGAUAUUUUUCUAUCAAGAGAAAAGCACUUCAAUAGUAUUAAUUGCAAAACAAAAAAAUACAAUGUGAACUGUAAGUGGUGCUGGAAAAUGUCAAAGGAACAGCGAUCUAUGACCCACUCGAGUGGAGAGAGAGAAACACAAGCACAAAACCAUUUCUCAUUAGCUCAGCUCUAUGCACUUUCAAAAUGAGGUUUCGAGCAUUGCUAGUCUUUCUUCAAUAAAAACACCCGUGUUUUGGACUGCAGAAAUGUGCACUAUUGAACCAAUAGAUUUGCUAUAAUUGGCUCAAAAUAGGAUACUUCAACAAUUAUCUAUUUUAUUCCCAGAGCUUGAAGGAGGAAAGAUACUGACUGUUGUAGAAAGGACUUCAUUCAGCGUUUAAUUUAAUCUGCAUCGCCUGAAGCGCUACGACAAUUUCAGAUCGAGUCGGCAUUUGCAGCUCUUGCCGCAAAUGCAGUCUUUGUUAAUACGGGAACAUUGCCUUCAUAUUUCAAUCACGGUAUAACAUCGCCUGUACGAAUUAAUUACAGUUCAUAAUCGAGAAAUUUGCCUUGAUAGUUGUUUUUUCUAGAUCCUGGAGUAGUGUCCACCUUUCACCCUUAGCAAACUAAUGUGUAACUCUACCUUAUAAACAUCUAACGUAUAAACGGGAAAUUAAUAAUCAGCACGAUUAAUAGACUACUGUUAUAUCAUGUCAUCAUCUACUAGAUGAAAAAAUCCCACCCAACUUAAUGCCUCUUUCACUAAAUAGGGGAAAACAAUGUCCGUCAAAUUGGCUAUCAAUUCUAAAACCUGGGUAUGUUUCUGGUCAUGUCCAACCACGGUUCCGCUGUCAUUAAAUUAUUCAAGAAUGUAACAGUCAGAGAAACAUGGAGUCCCUGUGGCCACAGCUACUUACAGAUCAGUAACAGCCAGUUAGGAAAAAAAUAUAAGUGAAAACAUCUAUAAAUAAAUUGAAAUAUGUUGUAUGUUUUUUAAUAUCUUGUAGAAAAUACUUUUGUAAGUAUGUUGAAAGUAAAGUAUUUGCUGGAUUCUGCUUCCUUGGACAACAGUGACAAAACAAUAAUGUACAGAUGUAUUUGUGUUGAUAACAUAUACAAAAACGAUGUGGCUGUGCAAUUUAUGUACAUUUGCAACUAGACUUAUUAAAGUUUUAUUUAGCUAUUUUAA